CAGAGUGGCCUAGGUAGAAUUGGUUGCGGAGGAAAGAUGGAAGUAAGUAGCUCUAAGAAGAGAUUUGUAGAGAUAGGCAAACGGGAUGGAGUGUGUGCUGUGGAAGCAGGGUAUCGUUUUGUCUCUGCUGGGAAACUCCUGUAGCUCAUGAACACUUUUCACUAGUGCUGUUCCUUCAGCAGUACCACCCUCCAACAGUUAUAGGGCAUAAUGGACAAUGUCAGCACUUUCUCUGUGAGGAAGUAGGUUGUGUAUGUGCUUGUGCAUGAUAAGGUGGAUGUUUGUUGGAUUGCUUCAUGUUUAGGGGGAUCUUUUGAUAUGGGCUGCACAUCUUGGUUUCAAACUGAUAGCGGCCAAACCACAUAGUCUUUUGUAUACCUUUUUUAGUUUCAGCUGCAGCAGAAGUAUGAGAAGAGGGAAGAGACCCAGGGUUACUUGCAGGAUUUCAGAAUAGCUGUUGCAUGCUGAUUUCUCAAUAGGAGCCUAGCAGGCUUUUUAUAAAGUAAUGAAGGUUCUGGGAUACUUGCCUUAAGAGAUGCUACCCAGGUUUCUAGCUCUGCUCUCCUCUUUCCUGACCACUACCUCCUUUUCUCCCUGCCCCCAAGAAAAGCUUCUCUGAUCAAAUAAUAUCAUAUGUGCCCUUCCCUCUGCUGAAUUCUUAACUGUGUCUACAAUAAGUCUCAGAUCACAGGCACCAAGGAGAGAAAAUUGGUUGCACCAAAAUGGCUGAGUGGAGAGAUGAAAACUGUUUGCCUUUCCUAGGAAACCUUGGGUGACACCCUGGGUCUGUGGAUGUCUCUAUAGCAAAACUUGGAUGGAGCUUGGUCUUAAACUGUCUUGAGGCAGUGUGCUAACUAGUCAAUGCACUGUCUUGGCUAGGACAGCAGAUUUGCAACUUGCUGUUAUCUUGGCUAUCAAUGCUAUCUCUCUUGUAUUUACUCUGUGUUGAGUGCUGCUUGCCCUUAAUUGCACUGGCUGGUUGCUCAGGACUUGGAACUGGAAUGGUGGUGGUGGUUUUUGUGUCUGUUAAACUAGACUUCUUAGUGAGGACAACUCUCCUCCACUUUGCAUGCCAGGCUUUAUUAAAUUGUCUCUUCUUAAGGUGCAGAGCUUUGUGUAGCUGACUGACAUUGCUGUCAUCAGAUGAAAAAAAAGAAUAUUUCUGGCCAUUCUGAACUUCAAAUCUUCAAUCUACUUAACUAUACAGUAAAAAAGACUUCUGUCUAUUUGAAUACAGGUCUUCUUGAGAUGUCUCUGGGAAAGUUUAGAAAUGUCCUGCUUAAUGAGACUAACCCAGUGGAAGCUGUAAUAAGGAACAUUGCAAGCAACGUGACUCUCAUUAUUUUUCAAGCUCAUGCCCAGCAAAAAGAUGUCACAGUAUCCUUUGACAAGUUUCCCUCUACAAAUAACUCUGCAACUGGAGCAGACAGAGGGUUAAUUUCCAUCCUUCAUCCUCAACAGAGCGUAUGUACGUGGUACCUACAGUCUCUUGAAGCUAACCAAGUGUUCAGCACAGCUGUUUCUAUCCCUUAUACAGCAAGAGACCCUAUCCCUGGAGGCUGCAAUCUUGAAUUCAACUUGGAAGUUGAUCCUAAUAUUUAUUUGGAGUAUAAUUUAGUUGACACUCGCAUCAAGUUUGCUCCAGCUAACCUGGGAUCUACCAGAGGCGAGAGUCCUCCUUCUUGUGAUUCUGGUACUGGACAGAACUCUAGAUGGCGACUACACUAUGAUAUUUAUCAGUAUUUCUUGCCAGAGAAUGAUCUUUCAGAAAUAACACUCAUGAGCCACCUACGGAAGAUGUCGGAGGUGAAGAGCAUCAAAGCUAAUGGCAUGAAAAUGAUUACCUUAACAACUAAUGACAAAACUGAUGCUUACUUUUCCUCACUUCCUGGACAAGGUGUCAUCUACAACAUCAUUGUUUGGGAUCCACUCUGGAAUACCUCUGCAGCAUAUGUACCUGCUCAUACAUAUGCUUGCAGCCUUGCUACCCUAGUGGAUAACUGUCUUUCUCCCACCAAACUCCCUACCAAAAUAUUCUUCACCAUUCUUGCUGUCCUUGGCCUCUUCAUUUGUUUCUUUGGACACGGGUUCUGGAAAACAGACUUGUUCUACAUGGGCUUCAUCUUCAUGGGAUUAUUUUUCUUUGUAUUAAUUACAAGAGUGACUAACCUUGGUUUUGAUGUCUGCCUGAUUCUGACUGCUGUAGCUGGAAUUGUUGGAGGGCUUCUCCUGGUUGCUUAUUGGUGGAGGUUUGGUUUUGUCCCACUCUGCAUGGUGCUUGUUGGACUUAUGCUGGGACUCCUCUUCGCAUCGAUGAUCUUCUUCACUCCGCUAGGAGAUUACAGGGUUUUUCGUGACGAUGCCGUGUUUUGGGUGACCUUUUCUUGCAUAGCCUUGAUGAUUCCAGUAGUCUUUGUUGGCUGUCCAAGAUUUCUGAACAUACUGGCUUGUGGUAUAGUAGGCUCUUAUUCAGUGGUUUUAGCUAUUGCUUGUUACCUGUACACGAGCCUUGCUUACAUCACCCUGGACCUGCUCCGGAGAAUUCUGAAGAAUGACUUCAGCAGAGCUUAUACUAAUGUGCCCUUCCAAACAAAUGAUUUUAUCAUCCUGGCAGUCUGGGCAAUGCUGGCACUUGGCGGAGUAACAGUGCAGCUUCGCCGAGAAAGAGGCGAGGUACCCUUCCCACCACACCCUUAUCGGAUCUGGAAGCGAGAAAGGGAGCGUAGAAGCACCAAUAUCCUGGAUCCCAGCCACCACAUCCCUCCGCUGAGAGAGAGGAUCCAUAACAAACUAUUGCAGAUCAGGGAACUCUUCCGGAAAGAGCAACCAGCUGGGGAAAGAACUCCACUACUACUUUGACUGACUGACCCAACACUGUGGUGACAUCAGCUAAAAAGGGCUCUAAGAAUUUACUGAACUAAGGAUGUUUGUGGACCAACAUCCAUCCAGCAGUGCUAGACUGUUCUUAUUGGCUAAUCCUGCUUCAGAGAGUGUGCGUGCUGGACAUGGAAGAUAAAUGGUGUAUUGGACACUAGCUUAUGCCACUUUUUUUUUUUUUUUUUUUUUAAAUGGCUCACUUGCCCUACUCUAAUAUGCAACUCUUGCUGGCUGCAGAGAGCUUGUACUAAGGUUGGAGUACACUGAGUGCAAUGACCAAGGUGUUUUGUCUUGUGUUUGAAAUAUUGAAUGUGCAGGUACAGCAAGACUAAGACUAAAAAAAAAAAUGUAAGAAGGUUCCUUGUGAUCAAAAUGUGCCAUGUCAGAAUUCUACCCUUGUCUUGCAAAAAUCCCAUCCAAAAUACCUAUCUCUGUUCCUAACAAAUGUGCACAUUCUGUGCUUAACAUACGAGGGAAGAACGAUGCGGAAGACUAUCUUGAAGGAAGUACCUUUUUUACUGCAGUGUCGUUGCCUAUUAAACCUUCAAAAUAGGUACAAAACCCAUAUCUCUAAACACAAGAACUAUUUUUAACUGUUGUUGAACCGUGAUAAACUACCAAGAAACUUGUGAGUUUAAAUUGCACUGGAUUCAUGCUUCUGUAUUCCUGUGUGCCUAGAUUCAAGAACUAGGCUCUUGCUCUGGGAAGGAAUAAGAGAAGCUCUCGCUGCCCUUGGUUUAAGCUGGUUUUGCUGUCACUUCUGUGGCAAGCUAUUCAUCUGGUCUCUGCCUAGUAGUACAGAGAUGAUGGCUGCUAAUAGAACACAAAAGGUUUCCCUCCCCUUACCUGCUUCCUGAAGUGUUUUUCCUCUUCUUUUACUUGGGUUUCUUUUUUUCUUCCUUGCCAUGUCCAAGAAAGAAUGGCCUUGUUUUAAUUAUCAGAAACUGAAAGUGUUGUUAACCUGCACUAAUUGCUAGACAACCUGAUUUAGUACCUCCAGAAAAGAAGGAAAAAACCCCAACGUAUCUUGGACUUUGAGACGCACUACUUUUAAAAUCAAUGCUUUUAUUUUCCCUUGGGGGGAGGGUUUGGGAAAGAGGUAUGAACAGCUUGCUGUAGGUGCAGUGUUGACCUGAAACCUUGCUGGCUACAAAUAUGUAGCCUCCCCUUGCACUCUGCCUUUUCAACAGCAUGCACUCAGAUUAAAGUAUUGUCUAAAAGGAGUUCUAGGACCACCUUACUACUUCACAGACCAUGAUUGUAUUUCUCUACUUCAUCACUAAAAACUUGUAUUUUUUCUGAACAGUGGAUAGGAGUGUCAUAGUUGUGGAUCACUUAAACACAGGACUUUCUCCUCCAGCUCCCCCUCCACUCUAAAACCUGUCCAACUGUCCUUCACUUUUUGUGUGUGUACACAUAGUGAUGUCACACUUUACUUUUUUUUUUUUGAAAGCUAUCAUCUUACCUUCUGGGCCCUGAUCUAGGCUUAUUCAAGUGGCUUUGUUUUCCUUUUUCCCCCAUUGCACUUAUACCUCUACCAUCUGUGCAGCAAAUAGCAUUGAUCAUUGUUGCUCUGAGGAAAAUCUUUACAGAAUAAUCUAUAAUGAAACCACCACUAACAGUACAAUACAAAGUCACCCAAGCGAACUUCAGUUGUGAGCCACACAACCUCCCAACUUGUUAACAAAGCUGUUUUUUUUUCUUUUUUUCUUUUUGAGGUCUUGAUAUUGAGACCAUUUUAAUACUAAUGAGAGAAAUUUUAAAGGCCAAUGUCUUUUAAUUUUCACUCCAUGGAAUGUUCAUCUUUAAGGCUGACCUGAGGUAAAGUUUAUCUUGUGGUAAAGCUAGGUGGAACUCAACAGCCAUGUUGAUCUCUACCUGCUAGGGAGCUCACUCCAAAUGCGCUGUUCCCCACAGCUCACCUAGGGGAAGGGGAGGCCUACCUCCAUGUUGUAUACCAGACUGAUGCUUGUUGACUGCCUUAUAGCACUGAUACUACAGAGCAUAACUUUGCCACAUACAAUGGCCAAAGUAGCAAACACUUAUUUUUGUGUUACUACUCUGAAACAUGUUUAUCUUGUUUUUAUAAUUACCAAGCUCAGCAUUGUGAGAGAGAAACAGAUUUAACUCAAAUAUUUUCUAUCUUUUUAUAAUAAAGAUGUUUCAACAGUACGUGGAAUCAAAAGGGUCUGAUCUUGAUGCUUCGGGUAUGCAGAUGUCUUGAACCCAUUCUGACUGCUGCAUGCAUCCUGCAUUCUUUGUAUUUCCUGUAGAGCUUCAAAGGAUGAGGUGGGAUUGCAUUCUUAAAGUUACAACUUGAGGUCCCAAUUGAGAUGACAGCUAUUCAGUGCUGUAUGAAAUAGGAGUAUGUGAUUGGAACUGCUUAUAACUUGAUUGGACAAUUCCUUGGAGAAAGGAGAUUGUUUAUACAUUUCCAAUCUUUUUAAAAAUUGGAAAUUUAACUUUUGAUUAAAUAAACUCCACAUGCUACUUCAGCAAGUUAAGGCAGAGCAGGGAAUCUUAAGUCAUUGGACCAGAACACAGGUCUAACCUCUUCCAAUCCAGGCUGUAGCCUGGAGCCAUUGCUUGCCUGCCUAGCAUAACGUAUGGAAUGACUGAACAGUCUAUACCUAAUUCCUGCAAAAAAGGCACUGAAGUGCUCCUACCCUUGACCGCUUAUUGCUUGAUGGCUAGGACACUCAGAAGUGGGUUAAAAUCUCAGGAGGAACUAAGGCUGAAGCUUCUCAUAUUGUAGGUGAGUGGUCUAAUCUUUUUGAGCUCUUGGAUAAAACAUGGGUAUCACCUCAUCUGCAGAGGCUGCUGCAGCGGAGUGGUCUGACAACAAUUACUAGUCAAGCAGAGUAAUGUCACCUUUUUAUCCAUUCUGAUAAAGCUUGAGGACCAUACCUUGGGAAGGUUAUACCACAGUAUGGUCAAAACCAAUUACUUUUGAACUCUUCUAUAUGAAAAAUGUAAGAGAUAGUAACUUGUGUCCACAGCUUAAGACAUACUAGCUAGUACUGUGCUGUCUGCUGCCCAUAAGACCCCCUUUGCCACAAGAAUCAAUUUAGGGAUUCUGUAUUAUGUUAUAAUCUUUUUACAUUCACUUUUAUGAAGGGCAUCUGUCUCCCCUUUUGAAACAAAACAAAGGACCCAACAACUGUAUGAAGUACUAUAGGCAUAAGCAUACUAGUUUCUAGUGCCCCCUAUCAUGAUAGAACUAAAGCACUGAGUCAUGGGGUUUUUUUGUUUAGGACAAGAAAAAAUGGAUCAAUUCAAGAUCAUUUGCAUCUCUGGUCCCUUCCUCCUUUUGAGGGAGAGCUGGAAUAUAGCCAGUAUUCUAGCUGUCAUUAAUCAGAGCUACUACUGGAUAAGAGGGUCCUGUUGAUAAUGUCUUUGACAGGAUUCAAAUGUCCCUGUAAUUUGCUGUUCAGAUAGAUUAGGAGCAUAUUUCAGUGUCAGCUUUCGUUUAAGAAAACAUUGUGGCACUCAUGGCUGUAAGGCUAAUGGUGAAAACAAAGACUAAACUUGAACAGUAGCUAGAGCCAACUUGAAACAAAAGUUUAGUUUUGAAAAAAAUGAUGGGUGGCUCAGUUUGGAACAUCAUAAACGUCCAGUAAAUGCACCUUUCCCAAACCCACUUUCACCAUGUUGGAUAAAAUCUAUUGCAUAUUAAACUGAAAAGAGUUUGCAAGGCUGAUCUAAUAGUUCACUAAAAAUCCCUGACUCAGGAGCAGCUUCUGAACACAAAUUGACUGUGAAUGCAGACUGUCCCUGUGAAAUGUAACUAAAUAAUUAAAACUUCAGUCCUGGUACCAAGAUCCUGUUAAGUGUCAAUAUCAACCACAUUGCUGUUCUCCAGUUGAGUUGUGCCUAAAACCUAGGCCUUUUUCUAGCAACUGAUGCUGCAUGAGAAACUUGCUGCUCUUAGGCUUUGGAGAACCAGGUUUGCAAGGUAGAGGAAGCAUGGCAUGGCCUUCAAGGAGGGCUUUCUACCAGCAGUGGGUACACCCAAUCAUUGGGCAACUUGUAGGGAAUUACUCAGUUCCCAACUCAGUGUGCGAUACAUAUACAACUCACUGAUUGGCUUAAGACUUCAGUCACACAGUUACAGGACAGUCAGAUGAGUGAAGAUUCCUAUAUACCACUUUGAAUUGCUGCUAGCAGCAGCAAUUUAGUUUGCCCUACUCCCAAACUAGAGUAAAGUUACCAUCAGUUUAGGAUAAUUAGAAGAAACCCAAAAGCACUGACCAGUAGUAGAAUAACAGACUUCCGGUAGCUCUUUCUGAUAUUCCUACAUGGCUGUCUUUCCCCUUAUGGGUUUUUUCUAGUUUAGGCUAACUGCAUCCUUUUGACAGCCUUAACUGCAGACUUUCCCUUAGUUUUCAACCUUUUUCCUAUUGCAGUUUUAAGUUCAUUUAAUACAAGAUAUGGCCUUGUCCUAGUAGCAGUCCUGAAGACAUUUGUGUUUAGCCAGUUAUUUAUAGGGCAUAAACAUUCCCUCUUUUCUAGUUUUUCUAUCAUGCCCUGAAUACAGUACCAUCAAUUUAACAUGUUAGCGGUUUUCUACAAUAACAUUGUCUUUAUUUACUUGGUCCUUCAUUACAUCUUUUCUGCUUCAGUAAUGCAUUGGGCUGCUGUUAAACAUUAAUUAAUUCUGUGCAUUUUGAAAUGGGCAUUAGGCACUAUCACCAUAGCCAAAUUCCAGCUUAGGAUUUAUUGGUACAUUCCAACUUACUUCUAGCUUGAAUUACAAAACUAAAUCCUAUACCCAUCCAACUUUUCUAUAUGGCAAUACUUGUAAACAGGCCACACAUUUUGAUUAUUAGUGACUGAAGUUAUUUCUACAUGCUAAUAUAGAAAUAAAGAACCUUGAAAUUUAACUUUUACUAUUACUGGCUACCAUAGACAGCAGAAGGCUAGGGCUAACAGGGCCUAGCACCCACCCCCUCAAACAUGGCUCCACUCCUCUAGCACCACACACUGCUGCAGCACUGUGCCCAAGCGUCCCCACACUCCCCACCAUCAAAUAUUUUCUCCUGCCAUUGCUGCUGGCUAUGCAAAAAGCUACUGCAUUAUAUUUAAGAUACAGUAGUCAGUUUAAUUUCAAGCUGGACUUCAGAUUUGCAGAAGCUGGCCAGCUUUAUUAUCCUGCAACAUAACAUGCUUACAUGGGAUUCAACAGAAUGUGGUUUGACACUAAUCAGCAGGGAUCCUGGUUUUCCCUGAUAAAAGAAAAAUCACAAGUUCUCUGAUUAAUUUUAACCAUGGGUUUUGGGGCUUCUCACAGACCCCCUCAGCCCUGCUCAUGCCCCUCACUCCCCACACAGCAGCCUCCCAACCCAACUUUUAAAAGGCUAUACAUUUGGUACCUGUCCCACAGUUGAGAAAUACUUCUUGAAAAUAAGCAUUGCUUUCACUCAUGAAGACAGUCAAGUUUUCAGUCAACUUUAUUGAUAAAAUAAGUUUACUGUACAGUACACAAUCCUAGCCAUAAAUUCAUUUCAAGCAUCUGCAUUACAAAAAUAAUGGGCAUGUGAUGAAAAAUAGUCACUCCACAAAUGUGAGAGUUCUUUAAAACCCAAGAAUAAUUAGGUUUGUUUAGGGAAGGGAAGGGAAGGGGAAAAAUAUCAAACAUGUGAAGACAACAAACAGAUUAGUUAAAUCACAUUUUCUAUUUACAAAAACACUAAAUCAAGCAUUGUUUCAUAAUAGAGCAACCUGCAAAAAGUGCCACACACUUAAGACUUUUGCUACGCAACCCUGGAAAUUGGAUUAAAAAAACAAAACAAAACAAAAAACCCCAAACCCCCACUUCUGCAUAAAAUAAGUGACAGCAGAUACCAGUCAACUGCACAACUAACAAUUCUCAUCCUCCAUCUUUCAAAGUAAAAAGUCCUUUUAGGGAUGACAGCAACAAACUUGUUCAGUUUAUGUGAUUUUGCUUUUGGUUUUUAGAAUAUUUUAUCACUUUGCAUCUGAGGUGCAAAAUUAAAUUCAUAUAUAGCAUGCAUGUGGCAUUUGAGAUUGUAGUAGUGGCCAAGCAGACUUUGUGCUUGAGCUAGUACACUUGCAUAAAUUUUCCCUCGAAUUGUUGUAACAACCAGCUUUGAAAUUAUCAGACAGACAUCUUAUAAUGUCUAGUUUUUCCUACCUACAUUACUAAACCCAGAAACGAGCAAGGACGUCACCUUACUAAACACUCUAAAAUGAGAGCCAGUGGUCUUUCCUAUUGUUAUAGGGUUUUGGUUUGUCUUUUUUUUUUUUUUUUUUUUUUUUUUAAAUAUGAGAGAGACUCUUGGGGAAGUUUGGCGUUUCAUACAUGGCUAUUGCAAAUUAUCUAUUAAAAGGCACUCCUCCUAUUAGUUGAACAGUCAGUGGAACAACUAAUUUACAAGUUUACUAUAUUCACUAAUCAAAUUCUGACAGGAAAAAAUAAUAAUAAAAAUAAAUCAAUCAAUCAACAGCUGUGAUAACCAUCUCUUCCCCUCCCCCCCCCUUGCUCAUUUUUAACUUUCAAAGUUAUAGGAAGAGUCAACAGCACCAGUGUAAUGCAUGUUAAUUUUUUUAUAAAUCAAGUUAGUAGGCAUUGAUAAUUCAGGUCUGAAACAUUUGUACUAUGCUAAAUAUUUACCUACAUGGGCUAGAAGGUUAUUGCAUUAUUGGAAAAAUGUUAAAAAAUAGAUUGCUCGACAUUUAAAGGGUUUUGCAUUCUUUCAACUGAAAUCCAAUUUACUAAAGUGAACUUGAGUACCAGUCUAGCUGAAUUAAAAAUACUUUUACUAAGUGAGGUCUGAGUAGUCAAAAUAUUCAAACUUAGAUAUGGUUUGCACACAUAUAAUCAUUUUGGUGAAAUCUCUUGUGAAUGUGUUUACAGCCAGGGAAGCCAUGCACAAGAAGUCUAGAAAGACAUUUCUCUCUCUCUCUCUUUUUUUUUUUUUUUUUAAACACUUCCCUAUAA